AUGCGAUCCCAGCACCUUAUCCCCUCUCCAAACAUGUUGAGCAAUAUACACGUGUACUACCAAGGGGACUUUUUGACCGAAGCAGAAGCAUCACAGUUUAUGCAUAGUUCUCUGCUGAGCCAGGUCAACCUGCAACGCAAUGCAAUGAUAUCCCGCUCCAGCAACGCACAUCCAGGAACAUUAGUCAAGCGGCCUGGAUCAGCAAAGCCCCUAGGCUCUUCCAGAAACGACUACAAGGAGAUGGGGGAUGCAGAUCAAAACACUCUAGACACAGAGACGAUGGUUGAUGACCUAAAGUUCAUACGAGCAUCUCUAAUAGAUAAGGAUGGGCAGCUCCUUCUCAAGGACGGCGUCAACGACAAGUCAAGUGAAACGUACCGGAGGCUAGAGCACUUGGUGCGAAAGCGACCAGUAAGCGCUGGCACCGGACUUGACAAUACCAUGGGAAAGUAUACUAUUAGAGACAUGCAGCUGUUGCGAAACAACAAUUUCUAUGAGCUUCUUCCAGAGGCCCAGCGCGACUUGUUAGACUCUAAUAUGAGGGUCGACUUCAGUCUAUUCAGCAAUGAAAAGGCCCAGAAAGAGCUCAAUGAGUCCAUUAACUUCAUCAACAGGGGCAUGGACCUGGAGGCAGCAACCCACGGCAUGACUGAGGAUGUACUUUCUAGAUAUAGGCGCAGGCGGCCUGCCUCUGCGCAUUCCAUACCAACCCGCGGGCUUCUUUCUCCACACAACACAAGCCUUCCCAUCCAGCACGGCAAAACAACUUCCAGGCCAGCAUCCAUGCGUCGAACAAGUAUCACUAGUGUGCGAGACCUUCAAGACAGGCUUCAUGAAUUUACAACCAACUGGACACAAAGUAGGUGUUGCUUUGGCGAUACAUAUAACAGCAUUACUCAAGGACAUCAUCCUGUCACUAUUAGUUGCGAACAACCAAUGAAUUUAAGUGUUCAACCCUUCACUGAUACCGUGGCCGCUUCAGCCAUCCAGCAAGACGAGAAUAUAGUUAAACCGGAAUCCAAAACUAUGCUAGACCAGGAGCCAUCGCAACAUGAUACUGUGCAUGUGGAUAUGGUUGCUCUCAAGUCAGACGAUGAUCCAACCGGCAAUUCAAUCCAUUCAAAGACUCAUACUGCUCCUUCCUUGAUGCCAGUGACACACCACGCUUAUGUGCCCUGUAAUAACGAUGCUCUUGAGAAGAAAUACAGCUCUGCUACAGGCUCCAGGGAUUCCAGCUAUUCCCAUGCUAAGUCAGAACGCUUGACCUCCACAACGGAUGAAUUAAGCAUUGACUCAGAGGGAAAUAUCUAUGCAGUUAUUGGGAAGAAAAAGACACCUUCUCGUGUUUCAACAGAAGCUCGUCUUGAUAAGCAGAGUCAGAAUGUGUCCAUGUCUACUCUUGCAAACGACACAGCAGAGGAUCACGGUGAGGUUAUACUAGACGAAGAAAUCUUCGAAACCAUAUGCUCUCAACACAGUACGCAAUCAUCUGCCAUAGAAAGCAGCCUCAACGCAAGCCUUACAAAACUUUCAGCUUCCCGAAGCGCUACCAGGUCUAAGCCUCAUCAAAAACCCCGUUCUAAGGUUCAAUCCCAAGAUCAGAGAAAUGCACCUGCACCUGCAAUUACAGUUUCUGAAGAGUCCAACUUUCGCCAAAUAUUGCACAGUGAUAAGAAAUUUCCCGCAUCAUUUCAGCCACGGACAACGCAUGUCGCUGCUAGUCAUUCAACUCUUGAUAUUAGCGAAGGCCCAAUAGAAGUAAGACGUAUCUGGCGAACGCCUCAUUCAACAGGGCGUCCUGUACCCACUCCUCAAACUGAUAACCUGGGUGCAGUGAGGGAACUGGUUAGAUCAGCUUCUGAUAUUUGCCACAGCGAGCAACUGGACACUGUUACUGAUUCCGUUAGCAGAUUAGAUCGUAGGGUUAUAGUCCCCGAACGCCAGGGAUUUAAGGGAUCAGUCAUUACUUCUUACCAGCGUGCCAUUGCCAGCAGGAACAAGGAACUGGGUGAGAGAGACAUUAAAGCUACCUCUAUCUCAGAGCAUAUUGUGGACUUAAAGAAGGUUUAUAGCGGGUUCGCCAUAGAUAAAAGCUCGUUCUCUACUGAAAACUCUGCUCCGUUGAUGACUGUCAAGGCUACUGUACCAUACACUACUAACCAGCAUCUUCAGAAGCAACCAGCAGAGCAGCUCCUUGACGAAUCUUCGGAGGCCAUAGCGCCUGCAGAGCAGAACGUUAGAAAUGUCCAGGACAUAGAAGAGAGGCUCCAGACGCUUGCGCAUCCAACUCCGCCGCAAUGUUCUCAACUAGAUGCAUAUCCCAUACACGGCAGUUUAGAGUACUCCGGCAAGAAGGAAGACAUGGAGGAUGUCGUUGAUCUACCAGAAGAGUCCAGCAAUGUGCAGAGCAUCUCGUGUCUUAUCAAUUCUCAGCUGCAACGGAGUGAUUUGGAGACAUCGCUCGUGAUUCCUCGCAUGGACAUGGUAAAGCACCUUGAACAGUCGGCGGAUCUGUUGGGAUCACUGGCUGGAGAGCCCAGCAUGUACAGUGAUGACUUAAGCCAGCGUGACAAAAUCGUAUUGCGGAGAGGAAGCGGACAGAAGGAUAGCUCAGCACGACGGACCUCUAAUACAGACAGGACGUCAAGAGAUCAAAGCCUGUAUGAACGUAUGCACGACUUUAGAGAAACAGUCAAGCAAGAGCUUUCUCAGCAAGCGUCUCUUUCUGCUCUGGCGGCCAAGCCUCGCUCAUCGUUGAAUAUUCCUGCGGAUUUCGAAGAUCUACCACCGCAGACUUUUAUAGACACUGCCGUGAUACCCCUUCAAAAGCGCCUCGACGAAGCCAUUGCGGCUGCCAUGAACAAAAAGCCCAGGCUCCCAGCUGAUGAGUCCGACACUCUUGCCAAUUAUAUAGAAAUAGAUACUGAUAAAACUGAUGAUCGGGCGGCGACGCCAACCAUGGAAACCCUGUAUUCACGACAAGAGACUCCGCGACCAGGUGACUUCAGUACUAUGAUUGAGCAUGCUCAAUGCCCUAAGGUUCACGGUUCUGAUGACUCAUCAAAUUUAACAGAUAUGGCGGCACUGAAAGGCGUGGAGCGGGUUGCUGUUUCACGCAGUGACACCCAAAAGCCAUGCGUUGACAUCAGCCAUCCUGAAAGCCCAUUGUACCCCCUUGAGCCCCGACAAACAGUCGUUCAUGUAAUAGAUUUAGAACACCCAGAGUUAUAUGAGGAUGUACAUAGUAGCAUCAACUUAGCCACACAUGCAAAUUAUCAUAUGCUUGAUUCGUAUCGAGAGUUAGAGCUGAGCACCAAGCCAUCAGAGAUCAAGGAACUUGCUCACAUUGAUAAGCUUCUCAAAGAAGCCAAAAGGCUCAAUACCAGCUUGCAGGCAUCAGUGAAUAAAGAUCAGCUGUCAGAACUGCCAGUCGAUUAUGAAGCAAAGAUGGUUUUGGACGAUUACGAGCUGGAUGCAAAUUUCCCCAUAUUAGAAGAAGGUGAAUUGGGGAUAGACCCAACGGGAGAGAAAGAUGUCAUCUUAGCAAACUACAAGAAGCUCACAAUAGACGCAGCACAAAAAAGAAGCGUGCAUCUUGAUAGCUAUCCCACCGUCCCUAGAAAGACCUGCUCCAUGAGUGGAAGGUCCCAAGAAGAAAAGGCCAUAGAGAAUAACUCACGUGAGGGCAAAGGAUCGGAGGUGAAAUGGGCAGACACGGUACUCGAUGAUAAUGAAGAGAGAUAUGAGACUGCUUCCAAUGAGUGUAGACAACUGGAUAAGGCAGUAAGCUGGAACUGGCGCAUGUUUGCCGGCCAAGGAUCCUCUGUUGCCAGUACAGAACAAGGUCACAAACGUACUGGCAGUUACACAAGUGCAUUAGCUACGUCUGCGGUGUCUCAAUCCACGAAAUCCGAUUCCCAGCAGAAAAAACAGAAACCUUACAACAAGUUUGAGAGGUUCACACCCAGACAAUUUCUUUCCUCAACCUCCAUAUCUUACACUUUUAGGGCAGACCAGGACAAUAAUAGCUUAGGCUUAUCUGCACUCAACCACUCUAUUGUUACCGACAUUUCUGCAUCUAGACAAUUAUGUACUAAUGGCACCCUUCCAAUCCAAUUUGAAGCCGUCAAGGAUCAGUUUAAUCACGUAGCAAGCUGCACCAAAUCUCUGUUGUUAACGCAAGACUUGGACAAAUCAGGCACGCUAGAUCAACUGGACGUGGUCCAGACCCCAGAGAAGAGUAGCAUGAAGAGUUCUAACAUAGAGCUCUACACCUCCUUCAGUGGUACACCAUCAAGAGCAGAUCACUUGUCGGUAUCUAGAGGAAAGACAGCACUAUCGGAGUCGGCACACAACCUAGAGUCUAAACACUCUCAUGGAUCCAUGCUCAGUGCAUCAGCUGUGCAAUCGACAACUUCUAAAAUGGCAAGUCGUCCAACUCGGAUAAGAUCUGCUGCCAUUUCAAAGCUAGUCGAACAAAUUACAUCUGUUAAUAGCACAACAGCCGAAAACUUAGCCAAGCUCGGGUACAGCAAAGCAAGACUAGAAUCUUCUCGGGAUAAUCUGUUGCCACGGAAUACUUCUAGGUACAAUGAGAAGCUUGAAAAGGCCUCUCUGCUUCUAGAAAAACCUAAGCAGAAAGCAAGCAGAGUCCCUUCAGCGGUGCAGAGUGAGCCCCUUAGCGAAUCAAUCAGUGGAUUUGUAGAGCCACAAAAUAGUUGUAGUGCUAUCAGUGAUGUGUCAGAGCCUCAAGCAAUUCGAGCAGUGGGCAAUCCGAGGGGCAGUACGUUCAUAUCAUCUGGGUUUGGCGGCACGACAAACCAGCAACCUCGGUUAUUGUCCUCCAAGGCUACUUAUGAAGCACAAAUGGUACGCAUAGGGAGCAGUGCAAGAAUAAGGACACGUACCCUUCAUCCUGAACGUCCUGUUGCGCUGAAGACAACCAAUGACGCUUCCUCCUCCAUGCGUGUUACACCUGUUUCUACUAGGAAGCUAUCUGAGACACUUCCUGGAAGGCCAGACUCGGGAACAUCACGACCAGGCAAAUUGAUGAAGGUGGCAGAUGUACGGAUUGGUCGCCAGAAUCAGGAGCUUUUAGCAAGCAGCUCACAUGGUGAUGCUCGUCCUUAUUAUGGUGGCUCGGCUCUCUUCAGAUCAGUUGACGACAUGGUAGUAGCAGUUCCUUCUCCGGCCACAAGAAAUAUGGUGAUAAGCAUAACACGUAAGGCAUCGGUAAACACACCGAAGCAAACAACUCGCGAUAGAUAUGGCCGCCAAUCUGUUACCAGCUCCAUAGUUACAAGCCCGGCUGCCUCCAAAUCCCUUCUCUCAAAGAGACCUCGGAGUGCCAUAGCAUCUUCUGCACGCGAGUCUAUCUCCAAGAUUACAGCUGUGGCCGCAGAUAACGAAGCAGAUGACUCCGGCGCAUCUUUGCUUCUACAAAAGGCUGAUCUAGGCCUAGAGCCGAUUUCUAUCAUGGCCAAGCCCCUUGCAGUUCAAUCACCGGACCGCAUCAUUAAGGAUCCGUAUGAUGUUCGUGGGACUCUUCGUGACGAGGCAGAACGGUUCAUACCGUGCCGCGGAUUUCGUGUCAGCAGCGCCGGAAAAUUGCGUCUGCCCAGCACUAUCGAAAAAGAUAUUGUCGUCAACAUCCGUCCCCUGACAGCGAAAGUUGGCUCUAUGACAAGAAUGUAA